AAAACAAAACUCGCCAAAAACUAAAUCACCUAUGCCAGAUUAAACGAGCAAAAGUGAGAGCAAGUACCAACACAACAAGUUUAGUUUAACUUUGUGCAUAUAUCAAUUUAGAAGUCGAAAAAUCAGCAAGCGUUCACAUUUGUUAUUCUUGUGAAAUUGAUUCGAACUUUACUAAAAAUGGAGCCUUCACAAAGAUUUAAGCAGAUCAAGCAGAAGCACCUGAAGACUCGCACUCUGUUCGAGGACAAUGAGUUCCCCGCAAUAUCCGCGUCCAUCGACCCCGGCAACCCCCAGAAGUACGACAAGCACAACAUCGAGUGGCUCAGACCCACUGAGCUGUUCGAGCAUCCCGCCAUGUUCGUGGACGAGGCCAGCCAGCUCGACAUCUGUCAGGGCAUGCUCGGUGACUGUUGGCUGCUUGCGUCAAUCGCCAGUCUGACGGCUGACAAGGAACAUCUGAACAUGGUGGUACCACCCGACCAGGGAUUUGAGAAAGGCCAGUACUGCGGCGCCUUCCGAUUCUGCUUCUGGCAGUUCGGAGAGUGGACUGAAGUCAUCAUUGACGACCGACUGCCAUCUCUGAGGGGCAAGCUGCUCUUCGUGCACUCGGCCGAAACAGGAGAAAUGUGGUCGGCACUCCUCGAGAAGGCCUACGCUAAGCUGUUCAAGUCUUACGAAUCAUUGAAAGGUGGACAAAUAGGCGAGGCGCUCGUUGACUUCACAGGAGGUAUUGCUGAAGAUAUUAAGCUGGAUAAGGCGCCGCCAGAUCUCUAUAAGAGAGUCCAAAAAGCCCACGACAGAAACUAUCUCAUGGGUUGUUCUGUGGACGCCACUGGAGUAAUUGAAGAAAAGAUGGACAAUGGUUUAGUUAAAGGCCACGCGUACAGUGUCACUGGAGUAGCAACUGUGAGCGGAACUGAUUUAAUCAGGGUUCGCAACCCCUGGGGAAAUGAGAGAGAAUGGAACGGAUCCUGGUCUGACGGCUCAGAGGAGUGGAACAAUGUACCCGCCUCCACAAAGAAAAAACUGGGAGUGACCUAUGACCAUGAUGGAGAGUUCUGGAUGGCGUUUGAAGACUUCGUGAAACAGUUCAGCCGAAUCACGAUUUGUCAUAAAGCCUCUUAUGAUGCGGAGUCGAACACGCAUUUCAACGUGUCAGAGAACGAAGGGAGCUGGGUGAAAAAUAUUACCGCUGGAGGGUGCCGAAACUUCCCCGAAACUUUCGGGACAAAUCCUCAAUUCCGGGUAGUUUUAACGGAUACGGACGAUGAUGAUGACGACGUGUGCACACUGAUCGUGUCGCUGAUGCAAAAGAACUCUCGUGGGUUUUCAACGUCGGCUCUAACAAUGGGAUUCAUGAUAUAUCCGAUCGCCGACGACGCCGCGAAGUACCUGGAGUCUGGGAACCGACUAACGAAGGAAUACUUUUUGUACCACAAGUCAUGUGGUCGCUCGGCUAGCUUUGUGAACUCGCGAGAAGUGGUCCAGAGGUUCACUCUUCCUCCUGGCGAGUACGUCAUAGUUCCCAGUACUUACAAGCCCCUAGAGCAAGGCGACUUCUUCUUGCGUCUGCUUACUGAGACGUCGGCGAAUCAAGCGCAUGAGCUGAAGAACGAAAUCGAAGAUGAUGACAAUGUUGAGAGCUACACAGACUACGAGAGCGAGGAUCCCGAAAUGACAAAGAAGUUGAGGCCGACUUUCGAUAAUCUUGCAGGAGAAGAUAGAUUUAUCUGUGUCACUGAGCUCCUGACACUUCUGGAAUUCAUCACAUCUGAUGUCAGCGAAGAAAAGCCGACGUUGUCUCACGCCUAUGCGCUGAUGUCGCUCUUUGACAAAGACAACAGCGGGAAGCUAGAUUUCCAUGAGUUCAUGGUUUUGUACCGAUACUUCGUCGUGUGUAGUGAAGUUUUCAAGAAAAAUUCGAUUGAUGGCAUCGCGACUCCGUUGCAACUAGACGCCGCGCUGCAGAAGCUCCAUAUAAGGAUUCCGAGAAAAAUCCUAGCGGUGGCUGUAGAUAGAUAUGGGGACGAAGAGAACAACACUUCUUUCCCGGAUUUCCUGGCCAUAGCUAGCAAGAUCAAGACCAUAGUCGGGACUUGCCAAGAAGACAAAUCGGGUGUUCCGACAAGCGUCAUAGAGAAGUUGCUCAUGUCGUGUCUCAUCAUGUAAGCCUCGAAAGCGAACUGAAUUGAAGUCUUUCCACUCCACUAAUGUUAUUUUCAAUACUUUCAAGUUCAACUCAUAUUAUCACAUUUUAUCAGCAAAAAAACUGAGACUAAGUUGCGGUUGAUCAAAUACAAGUGUCAUCGUGUAAAUAAUUUGUAAUACUUAUCACUGGAUUUAGAAAUAACUAAUCUGAUUUUCUACAAAGCAUUAUCAUUUUCAAAUUUAUCAUAAAAACUA